CAAACAUUACGUCUUUUAAGGACUCACGUUGUUCUUAAGCGCUGUUCUUGUGGUGCAGCGGCAACGAACAUCCACACACACAAACUCACGGCGGUAAAUAUAACAAGGGAAAAAAACGCCAGACCAACAACAACACGAACCCCCUUUGGGCUUUUUAAAAUUAGAACACUACCAAAGUAAACAAGCCAAUUACAAAUGACCGCUACGCCAAAGAAGUCCACUGAGGCAGAAGAUGUGUUGGAGUUCUUGAACUCUCUGCCUGAAACUUCUAAAAAAGAUGGUGCAAAAACUGACGCCGACAUCUUGAACUUCUUGGAUGAGCUGGAAGCCAACGAUAAGUCAAAGGAUAAGACGAAAGGGGCGGCUAAGGUUGAGUCUAAAGAAAAGCGCACGGAGGAGGCUCAGGAGGAGGCUCAGGAGGAGGCUCAGGAGGAGGCUCAGGAGGAAGUUCAGGACAAAGCAAACGCUGAUGCCCCACAAGAAUCCACAGGGCCAGAGAAGACCACCAAAGAGGAACCUCAACAGGACUUUAUCGAUCCAAUAGCCUCAAUCUCAAACUGGUGGUCUUCGAGUGGAUCUGCCACUGUUACAUCGCUAUGGAGCAAUGCUCAGCAGCUGACUCAAAAGGCACAAGAGGAAGCUCAAAAAUUGGCUAAGGAUACAAAUAUCGACGGAAAGUUGAAACAGUUACAGAACUUGCAACUGGAUGAGGAGACAAAGAAGAAGAUCUUGAAUGCACGUGAAGACAUUGAUCCUUCGAAGGCAAUUGGGUUCUUUACCAAAAACAUCACCAGUGUUCUCAACUCGAUCUUGGCCACUGAUGAGAUCUUAAAGAUUUCAGUGACCCAUGAUUUGGAGAACUACAACGUUGAUUCUCUUGUAUCACAGAGCUUUAAAACCGUUAUGAAGCAGGUUCAAGGUGGAAUUGACAUUGAAAUAAAGAAGAGUACCGUCAAAGAUGACCAUGAUAAGCGUAAUCUAAACAUAUUCCAAGGAAAAUCCAUUGACGGUGAGAAGUUGGCAUUUGCUAACAUUGAGACCAUUAUCAAAGCGGAUAGCAAAGAUGAGACCAAAGAUGAGGACCAGGAUGAUGAAAUUAGAUCUUCAAACCUCUAUAUUUCCAUAGUUGCCGUUCAAAACUCGCACAAGGAUCAAGAAUCAGAAACCACUGUUAUCGAUACUGCUGAUUCCAACAAUUUCUACUUCACUAUCAUCUUAAAGGAUACCACUAAUGACAUCACUAUAAUCACCAGAUCUCAAGCAUUCCCAAUCAAAUGGGCCAAAUGGCUGGAUGGAUCUGUAGAGAAGCAAGAUCAAGAAGCUGAGCAAGAGGAACAAGAAGAAGGCGUGGACCCUGCUGAAUGGGUCAAGACUUGGGUUUACGAUGGAAUCGGAUUAAGUUUAGGAGUGCUGGCCCAAAGUUAUGUCGUCAAGAGAAUGGGAUACGAUUGAAGAUUAUA